GGCUGUUGGGGCAGUUGCUGAGCAACUACAGCUGCUGGGCGUGGUCCACGUUGAGCUGUGCUGUUCUGGUGUAUCUGGGGAUUCCCAAAGAAAGCGAGGAAACCAAGAUCAUGGAAAGGAACAACAUCAUUGAUUUCAAGGCUUUGGAGAAAGAGCUGCAGGCUGCACUCGCCGCUGAUGAGAAAUACAAACGGGAGAAUGCUGCCAAGUUACGGGCAGUGGAACAGAAGGUGGCUUCCUAUGAGGAGUUCAGGGGUAUUGUCCUUGCAUCACAUCUGAAGCCACUGGAGCGGAAAGACAAGAUAGGAGGAAAGAGGACUGUGCCCUGGAACUGUCACACUACUCAGAGAGGGACCUCCCAGGAGGAGGCCACUGAAAUCUCCCAGGAGAAAACACUUCUCCAGCCCGAGACCUCCGCAGAGUUCUACCGUGCUUGGCGGCGACACCUGCGGAGUGGGCCAGAGCGCUACCAGGCCCUGCUGCAGCUCGGAGGUCCAAAGCUGGGUCACCUCUUCCAGAUGGACGUGGGGUUCGGACUUCUAGGGGAGCUGCUGGUGGCACUGGCCGAACACGUGAGGCCAACCGACCGGUUGGUGGUGCUAGGGAUCCUGCGCAGCCUGGCCAGCACCGGGCGCUUCACCCUGAACCUGAGCCUGCUGAGCCAGGUGGAGAGAGAGGCCUGCAGAGGCCUGUUUCAGAAGCUGCAGGCCAUGAGUACUCUCAGACCCACAGAGGAGGAGGAGGGGCUCGGCCAGGAGGAGGAGCAGGGUCUGGAGGAGCAGCCUGGUGAGAUCCAGGAGGAGGAAAGGCUCUUGCAAGAGUUGCUGGGGGUGUACCAGGUGGAUUGACCGGACCAGUUGCCUCCAGAGCCCCCCAGUGGUCACUGGAGGCUUUUUCUGCUUGUUGUCCUGGGGGCUCUGCAGGACUGUAAUGAGAAGCCCACACCUGAUUUCCUUCUCAGCUUGGAAUUUUCAGAGCAAAUAAAGGAAUCGAAUCUUCCUGACUUUUCCAGCCCCUUGGUGGCUCAGUAUUCUGAACUAUGUAGAUCAGCAGGAUGGUCAAGGGCCUAAGAACUUGAAAGAGUUUUGCUUCCCACCCUUUCUCUGCCAAACCUCUAGCCCAUGGCCAUGAGAGAUGAGUGUGGGCCCAACCAGAGGCUGGCUAUACCAGUUAAAGCCUCCACUCAAAAAAAAAAAAUGAAAAACCAAAAUCAUUAAUCUUCUGUGGUAAACAAACACUGAUCUCCAUAGCUCUUAACAAGAACACCCCAACAAAUGAUUGGACAUUUAAUCGACAAAUAAUCAAAGGCUACCUCCUUUGAAGUAAGGUGUUUUCCUCAGGGACUGAAUUCCUGUACAGGUUGGGCCUGGGAAAGCCCCCAAGCAAUCAGGUUAAGUCUGGCCAGCCUCCUAGGCUGCACAUCUGGCCAGAUGUGCCGGCGGGUGGGUUUUCCUCAACUCCUGGAUUAACCAAAGAGAAAUCCUUUCCACCAAGCACCCAGGCAGGGCCUAGAGCAGGAAGGCAGAGAUUUUCCUGUUCUAGCACUUCUCAUUCCGGUUUCCCCUGACCCAUUCUUGAGUGAGUGCCAGCGUUCUAGAAUGGGGAGAGGGCCAGGUUCUAGAAUGGUUUUCCCUCACGAUCGUAUCUGGAACAGGAGAAGGGCAUCCUGUACAUCAGCUAGGAAUAAAUUGCCUGGCCUUUGGCCACUUUCUCUGCAGACUCUUGCUUCUCUUCCUGGCUGCCCAAUCCUUUCUCACCCUGACAGUGAUUUCUAGAAGCCCAGGCCUUUAGUGCCUUGGUUUUGCCCUGCUCCCUCUGACCAUUGCCUCCUGCAGGCAUGAACCUGGCCCACACCACGGUGCUCCUGUGGGUGUGGGGGAGUCUCCAGGCCUUUGAAAUCGUGGAGAAGGAGGACAUCUUUCAGAGGACCCCCUGCCCCGCUUUUCUGGUAUUUGACAACGCAGCCUACCUGGCAGACAUGAGCUUUGAGCUUCCCUGCCGCUGCAAGCCUGAGGAGGUGUCUGCUGUAGUCUGGUACUAUCAAAAGCACCUAGGGAGCAGCCACACCAAAGUGCUGACAGACUUCGACGGGCGGGUGCUGACAGAGGAAACCCAGGCGCGCGUGGGCAGUGACAUGCUGGUCCGCUUCAGCAUCCGCAUGUUCAGCCUGUUGGUUUUCCGGGCCCAGCCCGAGGACUCGGGCUUGUAUUUUUGUGGCACCCGCAAGGGGGACUACUUCUAUGCCUAUGAUGUGGACAUCCAGAGCGGUGAGGGAAUGGUGGCCACCUUCAAGGACCUGGGCCAGGAGCCCUUUGCAGACGAGCACCGUGGGAGCCUCCACAUCUUCACCGCCUUCUGGGAGUGGACCCCCUGCGACCGCUGUGGGGUCCGUGGGGAGCAGUGGCGCAUUGGCCUCUGCUACUUGAGGAGCCCAGAUCUCUCCCCACGCUACCAGAAGACGCUGCCCGAUGUGGUGUCCUGUGGUUCACAGGCCGUGCCCUGGAAGCUUCGGGCCACGGCCAGGGAGCACACGCCCGAGCUACUGGUUCAGAGCUGCGUGGUGCCCUGUGAGAAGAAGACGACCCAGCAGGGCGUGAUGGCCAUCUUCAGUUACGUGUCCAAAGUGGGCAGCCGGCCCUGGGUGCCUCAGGUGCCCAUUCAGUUUCACCAGCAGAGGCUGGGCCACGGACUCAUCAUCUCCUGUCCCGGGGCCCGGCCGGAGCACGCCGUGGCCUGGGACAAGGACCGCCAGUACCUCUACCGAACGCAGUACCUGAAGGGCGUCAACAGGUCCAUGAGGGUGUUCAUCGACCACGGCAACCAUCUCCACAUCCGCUUCACCCAGCUAAGUGACCGGGGCAUCUACUAUUGCUGGCGGCAGGGGGUGCAGGUCGCUGGGUUCCGACUGGGUGUCACGUCUCAAGGCCGCUACCGGCCCUCAUUCUCGGACCCUGAGACUCGCUCCGCCAUGGAACUGACCCUGAUAGGCUACCUGUUCAUCACGGCAGUCUUUGUGGCCAUUCACCUCUGUCGUUGCUGCUGUUACUUAUUUCGCUGUUGUCCCAACUUCUCCCCCUAGGCCCCCCUCUUCCCCAGCUCUGAAGACCAGUUGUGCUCA